CAUAGACUACUAAGACAUAUGCGUAUAACAUAAUAUAUUUUUGACACGAAAAGAUAUAUUAAGGUGCUGCAUCUGUGAUAUCACUCAUGACACCACGAUUUUCUGGACACAUUUUGUGAACCGAAAACAUUGCUCACUUAAACAGUUCGUGCUAAACGUUUGCUCAUCGACUGAUUCGAUCUCACGUACUAAUGCAACAAAAGGGCAAAAUUAUUUUAUGAGGAAACAACAUUCUAUUUGUUCUAGCAACUGUAUUUAAGCAGUUUUGACGCUGACACGAGACUCUUUCUGCCUACGAGAUAGCGUCACAGUUUUGCUCAUGAAUAUUAACAUAAAUGUAGCGUCACAGUUUUGCUCAUGAAUAUUGCAAUUCAAAUUUCCCUCAUUAAAACGAACUAUGUCCUGUGGCUUGUACACAGCUCCAUAUCGAUGCAUGAACAAGUAAAACCCCGGUUUAUAUAGGCUAAAGGGAAGUGAUGUCGCGGAAAUAUAAGCAUGAACUAUAUUUAAUUUCAUUUCAACCGUCAUUUUCGUUUUCGUUUACGCACGGUGUUCACAAGCUUAAUUCCACACAUCUCAGAUUGUGUAGCUACAAUGACCAUAGUGUAGUCGACGUAUUCGGUUCAAAACUAUUUCGUGCAGGCGUAUUAGCUGAUGAACAACAAGCUCCUGAGGAAAAUCAAACCAGCAAACCAACACCAUGGGUGCCUUGGGGUUACCGCCUAUAAUCGUAUGUCGAUUGGUGCUUUUUAUUACCGUCAUGGUUGGUCUUAACAGUGCGCAGAAUGUCGAACGCGUUGAGGGACCGGGUAACAUGACUGUUGUCAUUGGAGAGACAACUGCGCUGCGAUGUACCUGGGAGGGAUCUUACAGCCGUUACAUUUUCCGAAUUUGGGAAGUAUUGUUCAAACAUCGCAACAACAGCCUUACGUGUUCUAGAGGGCGUUCAAUGCCAACACCGCGACACACCUGCAUCAUGGAAUCGCCACGCGAUCCGUAUCAUACCACUGUUGAAUUGGUGAUCAGUGGUGUGACAUUGGAAGAUGCAGGUAAUUACUCCUGUGAUGUAGACGAGGAAAGGCUCCCGUUAAGUGAAGGUGAGGGGCCCCUAUCAUCAGCCCAAGGAUACCUCACUGUUAUCGUUCCACCCAAUGGAGAAUCGCCCCAUUGUCUGAUAAACGACCCCGUAUCCGAUCACAAGGUUGGUGCUGACAUCCAGAUCACGUGUUACUCCUCAGGUGGGGUUCCCCCAGCCCAGCUCUCUUGGUACCAAGGUCCAAACCUAGUGGCAGGGCCUUCUCAGGGAGUUCUGACAUACACUCGUCGUAUAACAGACAGUGACGACGGUCUGGAGUUGAACUGUCUGCUGAAUAGUUCAGCUCUACGUGACACGCGAAACUGUUCCGUAAUUGUGGAUAUUCCCCCGGAAGCCGAGAUACAGCCGAGUUUCUUGUCAAUUUACAGCGGUAGCAACGUUUCCUUCAGGUGCAUUGGUCGCUUCUUCCAAGAAGUAAGCCAGCUUUACACCUGGGAUUUACCCAAUGUGUCACAGAGCCUCGAUUUUGACCAUCAGAUCCAAGGUGACAUGAUGUACCUGACCAACGUACGAACCACACGAGGCGCGGAGGAAUUCCACCUGACAUGUUUCGUGUCCGAAACAGCAGGUGCAGGCGGGCGUGUGUGGGACACAGCUACACUUCAGAUCGUCUCGGUGAAAACCACACCCGUGCCCGCCUCGAGGUCAGCUCCACCGAAUCGAAGCCCCUCAUCAGGUGCCAGCACACUUGUCAUUGUACUCUGCUCCUGCAUCCCCGUGGUAUUGAUUGUGAUCAUAACAUGCCUGCUCCUGCUCCGGAUGAAAGCGAAGCAUCGCCGCAAGGCAAAUUUGCCAGUUACACCACGAGCAGGCGACGACGAUCAGCGCGAUCCAGGCGCGGACUACAUGGGUCUGUCCAACACAGGCCGCACGGAUGAGCCUCAGAGAUCAGCCUACCAAGGUCUGGUGCCGGAAUAUCUAGAUCUUACUUGCCCGCCAGAUGGGGAUGGGACCAGGCCUGUCUCAGAGACGGUCUAUGAAGUCACUGGGUUUCCCGAAGUCGUCACAGCAAGUAACCAAUACGAGACGCCGGUAACAGUUGGCACUAAAGGGACAGAGGACGAGUUAUACGUGAACCAUGAUGUGGUGAAGGGAAAACGGCAGAGGGGACCGCGGAAAUAAUGGGAAACACUAAAAGGGAAAGUAUAAACCCAUGAAUUUUAUCUGAUCCUUGGUCAACUUGAAAUUAGUCCGUGGCACCCCUAUAUAGUUGGUCCUUGCCAAUUGUGGAAGCGGACUAAAAAGCCAUAUUUUUCCCGAACGCAUACAUGACGUUUUUUGUACAUAGGCAAAACAAACAAUUGAGGCUGGGAGAAGCCCCACAAAUAAGCAGACCAUCAUGUAUCUAUAAAAAGUCUUUUCAAAUUAAAAAGAGAAUAAUAUGGGCCUACACUCUAAAAACCCAAUGUCGAAAUUGACCCGGAUUAACCCCAGUAAUAUUUGACUGUUUUUUUUGUCCAGGGUAACAAUGAUACCUUCUGGUGUUUUGGAGUUAAGUGGUAUAUAAUAAUAGGACUUUAAGGUUUUAUUUCUCAGCAACGUUUCUCUUCAUUUGGAUUUGAAUCGAUUGUAGUGAAAAAGGAAAAACCGUGGGUACCUGCAUGUUUAAUAAUGUGAACCCCGGACAUGAUUUCAAAUCUUCGCGGCCUUGUAAUGCAGUUUCUGUGAAUUAAUCUCCCAUGAGGGUAGCUGUUGAAAAGAACCCUGUAAAACAUAACAAUUAAGUGACAUUUUAGAGAUUGCGAUCUGAAGUUUUAAAAAGAGACGAAUAUGCUGCUACGUGAUACUUUCAUUUUCUAAGAGCAUAUUGAAAUUUAAUACAUUACUCUUCCUUUUGUUUACGUAAAGGAAAAAAAGUCACUUGAUAUUCUUUGUUGAUUGUAAAUAGUGUGCUGUAAGUGCUGUAAAAAUUGCUUUAUACUUUUAUUAACAAUAAAAAGAGGACUUUAAAUGCAGAGAUGCAUUGGUUGCUUUGUAAGUAUUGAUUUAACUUCGAGUCAUAUCCUGUUAGUUUAUAUUAGAAUUGUCGGUAUGUUGGUAGCUGACGCAGAUGUUUUCCUCGACAGACCAUGGAAUAAACUUCGCGCCAAAAUAUUUUGAGCAAAUACCUCAUACAUCUGAGCUUAAAACAUAGCAAACUGUUACACAACUGGACACCCUGCUUACAGGCCUGCAAAUCGAAGCCCCUCAUCAGGUGCCAGCACACUUGUCAUUGUACUCUGCUCCUGCAUCCCCGUGGUAUUGAUUGUGAUCAUAACAUGCCUGCUCCUGCUCCGGAUGAAAACGAAGCAUCGCCGCAAGGCAAAUUUGCCAGUUACACCACGAGCAGGCGACGACGAUCAGCGCGAUCCAGGCGCGGACUACAUGGGUCUGUCCAACACAGGCCGCACGGAUGAGCCUCAGAGAUCAGCCUACCAAGGUCUGGUGCCGGAAUAUCUAGAUCUUACUUGCCCGCCAGAUGGGGAUGGGACCAGGCCUGUCUCAGAGACGGUCUAUGAAGUCACUGGGUUUCCCGAAGACGUCACAGCAAGCAGUAACCAAUACGAGACGCCGGUAACAGUUGGCACUAAAGGGACAGAGGACGAGUUAUACGUGAACCAUGAUGUGGUGAAGGGAAAACGGCAGAGGGGACCUAGGAAAUAAGGGGAAACACUAAAAGGGAAAGUAUAUUAUCCCCCCC